AUGACAAUGGCCGAUCGCGAGCACGACGAAGCGGGUCGCCCCGUCAAGCGACUCAAGCUCUCUGGCGACGAGGGCGCCGCGCCCGACGCCGCGAUGGCCGACGCGCCUGCGCCUGUCGCAGAGGUCGCCGCGAGCUCCAACGACAACGAACAGACCGAGAAGUCGGCGCUGAAGGAGCAGAUUGACAAAGAGGAGCGCUUCGGUAUCACCGCCUUCGUCAACACAGGCAUUCCGGGAUUUUCGGGCAUUUUGAAGCAACGCUAUGUCGACUUCAUGGUCCACGAGAUCCUCCCCAACGGCCAAGUCUGUCGCCUCGAGGACGACAUUGGAAUGACUGCCGCGGGUGCGCAUAAGGAUGGCGCAGACAAUGGCGAGCAGGAGAAGCUAUCCGGAGAGCAGGCUGAGGAGGCUGCGAAGAUCUCGGACGAGAAUCGCGAUAUCCUGCACGGAAUUUUCGGCGAAGACAAGACGAAGAGCAUAAUGGGCCUGAACAAGGUCGUUCUCUUGAAUCCUAACCGCAAGGCUUCUCAGUUCAAGCCCGUCUACUCCAACGCCGUUACCGAUAAGAUGGCCCGCCAGCGCGCCCACGAGUCCAUUCGCGAAAUCUUCUCCGGCCGCCUCGUUACCACGACUCAGGAUGACAACGUCAUAAAGGUCAGCGCAAGAGGGAAGGCCAACCAGGGUGGUGGUGGCGAUCGGGACAGCCGUCCUCAUCGCCAGACUUUCGAGGAAAUGGGCGGGGACAAUCUGCACUUUACGUUGUACAAGGAGAACAAGGACACCAUGGAGGUCAUUAGCCAUCUGGCUUCGCAGCUCAAGACCGUUCCCAAGAAGUUCAGCUUCGCCGGAACCAAGGAUCGCCGUGCAGUCACCGUUCAGAGGGUUAGUGUGAAGAGGAUCCGUCAAGAACACAUAGCCAAUGUCGCACGCGGUCUGUUCAAUGCUCGCAUUGGCUCUCUUUCAUACCAGCGCAGGGAGAUCUCUCUCGGAGACCACAGCGGCAACCAGUUCACCAUCACGCUCCGUGAUUGCCACUUCCAGGGAGAGGAUGGCAUGGAUUGCGCGCAACGCCUGGAACUUGCCAGGGAUAUCGUGGAGAAGUCCACUGCCGCAUUCCAAAAGGAGGGCUUCAUCAACUACUUUGGACUUCAACGCUUCGGUACCUACGAAGUGAGCACCGACAGCAUCGGAAAGUACAUGCUUUCUGGGGAUCUCGGCAAGGCUGUCGAUUUGAUCCUCGCGUACAGUGAUGAAGCUCUGGCCGCGGCACAGGACCCCGAGAGCAAGGCCCGCAUUUCGGAGGACGACAAGAAGCGUGCCCUCGGACUGCACAAGUGGAAGACGGAGAAGAACGGCAAGGCGGCGUACGACUUAAUACCGUUCCGUUUCUCCGGCGAGCGCGGUAUUGUCAAGCAUCUCGGCACGGUGAGGAAGAACGGCGAGUCUUACGCGAACGACUUCCAGGGCGCUCUCGGAACUCUGCCGAAAACCCUUCGUGGCAUGUACGUUCACGCGUAUCAGAGCAUCGUCUGGAACGCUGCGGCAAGUGAGCGCUGGUCUCGUCACGGUGCGAAGGUCAUCCCUGGAGAUCUCGUCCUCGUUGCGGAGCACAAGGACAAGGAGACCAAGAAGGAUGAGGAGGUUCUCGACGAGGUCGACGAGUUCGGCGAGGUUGUCAUCAACCCGCAGGGAGACAACGCUGCCACUGCAGCUGACGACUUCGAGCGGGCUCGUGCGCUGACGGAGGAAGAGGCCAACAGCGGAUUGUACUCCAUCUUCGACGUUGUUCUGCCGCAGCCCGGCUGGGAUGUCGAGUACCCGAAGAACGACAUCGGCAAGUUCUACUCGGAGUACAUGCUCGACCCCGAGCGCGGCGGUGGCGUCGACCCUUACAACAUGCGCCGCAAGUGGCGUGACAUCAGCUUGCCCGGCGGCUACAGGAAGCUCAUGGCCAGGUCGCUCGGCCCGGUCAGCUUCGACGUCAAGACGUACAGGUCGGACGAGGAGGAGCUGGUCGAGACUGAUCUCUCGAAGCUUGUUAAAGAGGGCAAGUCGGUUACGCUGGAGGAGACGAAGAAGAGGGUGAUGCGCGCUUACAAUGAGAGGCCAGCUACUACCCCUGCGAAUGCGGAGGGCGAAGAGAAGAUUGCUGCUGUCUUGACGUUCCAGCUGGGUAGCAGUACCUAUGCCACGAUGGCGUUGAGGGAGCUGAUGAAGGGCGGCACGGAGGCUUACAAGCCUGACUUUACUCGCUGA